UUAUUCGGUGUUUGUUUGAGUAAUAUAACAAGAAAUCAGCUGGAUGUUUUUAUUUAUGUGUCAAGUUAAACACGUUGGUUAUUAACAUGAAUACUAGAUCAGUUUUAUAUGACGCUAUGUUUAUAGGUUAUGUGUGUUGUUGUAAAGCUACUGUGAGGUUUUGUAACAGUGAUACUGGAGAGUUGUGUAACAGCUGAUCUACAGACACACAGCAGAUCGCAUCGUUUACAAUGUGUCAAGCGCGUGGUACAGUUGUGAACGCGCUGUGGGGAAUGUGUGCGGGAGACGCGAUGUCGAUGCCUGUUCACUGGUACUACAACACGAGCGACAUCACGCGAGACUUCAACGGUUGGAUUAGCGGUCUGCACGCGCCGCGGGAGCGUCACCCGUCCAGCAUCCUCACGCUCUCCAAUGCAGCUGGUAGUGGACGCACAGCCGGUUCAUCUGGUAGCAGAGCUCCAGUGGUGGGCAACAUCAUACUGCACAAUAAAUUUAAGUUCUGGAUGGAUCAAAGUGGAUCAGUUCAUUAUCAUCAAGGUCUCCAGGCCGGUGAGAACACAUUGAACACACUCUGUGCUCUGAGAGCGAUCCGGGUUCUGAUCAGAGGUCAGUUCAGAAGUGUGGCGGACGCAGACGCUCGGGCCGCCGUUCUGUCCGACUACGUGAAGUUCAUGACGAGUUCCGGCUCACACGAUGACACGUAUGCAGAAUCUUUCCAUAGAUCUUUCUUCUCUGAUUGGCAGGAACUCAGACCCACAUCACCAAGAGAGGUUCUGGAGUUUGCGGAGCAGCGGUCCAAACGCAUGUUAAACGCAUCAUUUCCUGACAGUCAGUUAAAUGCUAUUGGUUGUCUCCCCAUGGCUAUUCCAUUUAUUCUUCUGUCAGCCAAUGAGGAGGAAGCAGUCUCAGCUGCAGUGAAGUUUGUGAAUCUCACUCAUCCUCAUCCAAAUCUGAAGAAGUUUGUGUCCCUGUAUGCCCGCGUGCUGUACGCCACACUGAACGGUGCGUGUCUGAAGCGUCAGGCUGAGAUGGCAUUGAAAUCACCGGAGCUGGACGCAUGGCACACGUGUCAAUGCUUCAUACAGAGAGCAGACAGGUAUCCCAGCUCAUCAGAGGAACGUCUCAAGGUUCAUCAGAGCGCUGUGGCGUCCCUCGGUCUUGCCUGCUAUAUGCAAGGAGCUCUGAGUAGUUUGUUUUACCUGGCGUACUCCUUUCAUAAUGAUGUGACAGAGGGGAUUCUGACCAACACCAAUUGUGGAGGUGAGAACUGUAACAGAGGAGCCGCAUUAGGAGCUCUGCUGGGAGCCAGGACGGCGUUUGUCGGCUCAUCCGUUCCUCAGAAGUGGAAAGACGGGCUGAGAAAUGCACACGAGCAAAUCUCUGAAAUCCUGGAUGAUCUGUAAUGAAGAUGCUUCACAGCAUUGUGUUUUUCUCUCAAACGUCCUCCUCUGACUGCUUGACUGUUUAGUUUUUGCUCUUUACUCUUGAUGUAAAUGUCUUUAUAAACCCCCACAGGAAACAUUGCCCACAGAUGUGGUUUCCACCCUUCAGUGUGGCGACACAGAGCGUAUAUACCUGCUGCUUCUCUAAGUUUUCAAUAUUAUAUCAUGACCUACUUGCAUAUUCAUGCAUUAAGUAGAAACAAGAUUGAGUUAUUGAUAAAAAUGAAGCCUUUGUGUUAUUAAAGUGUGGUUUUGUCCUGAAAUAGAUUUCAAAGCGGUUCGACAAAUGUUUUUCCGAGUCUGAAUGCUGUCAGAAGACGCUGAGACAGGCGUGUGAACGUUUUACAUUUAAUCUAUGCAAAAUA